AUGUCAAGGACCUUUUCCGCGUUGAAAGCCGAUUUCGAGAGGCAGUUGAACGAAACGAGGGAGAAAAAUGCUGAGGUCGAGAGGGAAUUGAGGUCCGAAAGCAUGGAGAUAAAGGCCGAAUUAGCAACGAAAAUAACCGAAUUGAGGGCUCAAAUGCAAUCUGAAAGGGAAAACAAAGCGGCCGAAAUCGCGAAGUUGCAGGCAGAUUUGAAUCGAACGACGAAUUUCUUGGGUCUGGAUGGCUGGUUGUAUUUGGCAAAAACCGCUUCUUGGUACAAGGUUAUCGAUCAAAUAAUGAGAUUUGAUGCAGCCGAGGCAUAUUGUGCGAGUCGAAAGGGCCAUCUAGUCUCCGUUCACAGUCAGGAGGAGAACGAUUUUGUUCAGGAACUCGCGAAAACUAUUGAUUCGAAGGCUUUGUUCUGGAUCGGACUGAAGAGAAAUCCGAACAAAGGAGAUGCUUUUGAAUGGACGGAUGGAAGUUCGGUGGAUUUCAAGAAUUGGUAUGGAAGUGAGCCGGAUUCGGACACCCACGCUUUGCUUUGGGGUGGCGAUGGGAAAUGGGGAGCCUUUCCUCCUACCAAUCCGUAUCGUUUUAUCUGCAAAACGAGCUCUCAAUUC